CUCACUUCAGACAGCUGUGUAUUAUAUCGCUUUUACUGAAAAAGUAUUGAACAACAUAUUUUAUUCAGUUUACGUACUUCUUUUGUUAUAAUAAAUAAAAGAAAUAUUUUUUAAUCGACUUUGUACAUAAAAGUAAUGAAUUAUUUUUAAAUAAUCAAAGUAAUCUAACAAAUAGACAUAUUGAUAACUUGUAGACAAAUGAUGACUGAUGAAAUUGUAAUGAAAAAUUGUACGAAAUAAAUAUUUAUGCAUAUUGAUUGAAAAAGUUGUAACAACAAAAAAAAUGGUUAAUUAUCCAAAAGAAACAAUAACAGACUUUGAUUAUUUAAAUCAAAAGUCAGUUUUCGAUACAGUGAAUAAAAAGCCUCGAAAGGUCGUCGAAAGGCUUCCUAAAUUACAUGAAGCAGGUGUGAGCAAUUACAAACAACAUAAAUAUGAUUUCGCAUAUAUCAAUUUCACAAAAUACUUGAAGAUAGUUGAGUGGCUUAAAAAAUGUAACGAAUAUAAAAUUGACUCUAGUUUUUUUAAUAAGUCGAUCCCCAAUAGUAAGAUAGAAGAAGCCAAAGCUAUUUUACAAAAAGUUAUUGAGCAUAUAAACAACGAAAUUGAAAAAAACAAAGUGGAAAGUACAAUAGAUAAAAUUGUAGCAGUUAAAAAUAAUAAUAGAGUAAAAAAUAAUCAAGCCGACGAUGAAGCUUUUCUAGAUAUGGCACUAAAUUUGCCAGAAACACCAACAGAUGAUCCUCUUAAUAAACCUAAUGAUGAAUUAGAUGGUUUUAUAUUGUGCACACAAUUAUUUACACAUGUUCAAAAUAAGAGAACUUUAAUUAUUGAUAUUAGAUCUGCAAAAGACUAUGAACAUUCCAGAAUUAAAGCGCCUGCGUGCAUUAAUUUACCAGCCAGUGAAAUUAAAACAGGACUUAUAGCAAGAAAAUUUGAGUCUUACUUAUCACGUGACAGUGAAGCUUGUUCACUUUUUACAAAACGUAGUACUGCACAUGUAGAUCGUAUUAUUCUUCUAGAUUGGUCAACAAAUCAUAAAUCUCUAGAUAGUUCCAAUAAAUUAACAAUAUUAAAGGACAUCUUAGAUAAAUGGGAUCCUGGAAUAGUAAAACCAAAACCUCUUAUCCUUGAAGGAGGAUUUAAAGAAUGGAUCAAUGUUUAUCCUACUUAUGUAACAAAUCCUAAUGUUACUCUUCCAUCAACAAAAAGUGAGGAGGACUCAAUGAUUGAAAUUUUAGAAGAAAUUUCAUACCCAGAAUGGAUUCCGGGUGAUGAUAAAUUAAUUUUUAAAUUUGACGAAGUCGUUAAUCAGAAAAAUGGGGUUGGAAUUAUGGAGCAGAUAUCACAAGAAAUAAAUAGCAUAAAUUUGAAACCAGAUUCUAUUAAAAAUUCUCCUAAGAGUGUUCCUAAAAUUAUUCAAAAGCCUGUCAUUGAUCGAAGUAAUAAACCAACAAUAAAAUCUCAAGAACAAGUUUUCAUUGAAUUAUUACAGAAACUAAUUGAAACUGAUGAGGAUCAAGAGAAGUUUGAGAAACAGUUAUUAGAUUUUGAUAUGGCUGAUGAUCAGGAUUUAAGACUAGUAGAAGAUUAUGAUACAAUAGAAAGCAAAAAAAACGCUGUCCAAGAAACUCUUCAAAAAACACUAAUGGAUAAAGAUGCAGUUAAACAGAAGAUUACAGAAAUUAAAAAACUUGGAGUAUUGAACACUCCAGAAAUUGAUAAUUUAUGGUUGAAAUACUUGAAUAUAGAAAAUCACAUAACUAAUAUCAGAGUAGAACGCAAGGCAGUAAAACAAAAAAAACUUGAAGAAGCAGCCAAAAGAAAUGCUCUUUGUUCUCAAAAAUUUAACAAUAAUUUAAUUUUUAAAGAACCAUUAAAAUCAGAAGGCUUUUCAAUGAAUUCUGACCUUAAGAGAUCCCUCUCUAGUCCUAAUUUAGCAAAGAUCGAUGAUAAAAAAAAGCCAGUAGUCGAUAGAUCAUCUAAGCCGACAGAUUUAUAUAAAAAACAAGAAAUAAACAACGUAAAUAAUAAUAAUUAUUCAAUAACAUCAUGGAGAGAUCAUGUUAAAAGAAUGGAUCCAGUUUAUCGGGAUGUGCAUCCUGGGAUAACUGGAUUAAAAAAUUUAGGAAACUCGUGUUAUAUGAAUUCAAUUAUUCAGUGCCUAAGUAACACACCAUUUUUAUCAAAAUAUUUUAUCGACAAUGCGUACAAAGAUGAUUUAAAUACCAAUAGAAAUAGUGAGACCGAUGGAAGAGUUGCUGAGGAAUUUGCUCAUGUGAUUAAAGCGCUUUGGAGAGGUCAAUAUCGAAGUAUAGCUCCUCGAGAUUUCAAGGAUACUAUUGGUAGUUUUAAAUACCAAUUCGAUACUACAGAUCAGCAAGAUUCUCACGAAUUCCUAACAUUCUUCCUUGAAUGGAUGCACAAUGACCUAAGAAAAAAAGACAAUAAAAUACAGAUAGAAAAUUUAUUAAGCCCAGCUGAAAAAGAAUGGUGGAAAGCUUUAGAGGGCCAAACUUCAAUCAUUUCAAAGCUUUUUAUUGGACAGUUAAAAUCCACAAUAAGCUGUAAAGUUUGUGGUAGUCGCAGUAUUACAUACGAAACCUUUAACAGCUUAUCUAUAUCUUUGCCCGGAUCCAGUCGGUGUACUUUAAAUGAAUGUAUCCAACAUUUUCUAAGCCGACAAGUGAUUUCUGGCUGGGCUUGUCCUAAUUGCAAGAAACCUCGAGAUGCCGAAAAGAAAUUCGAUUUUGUAAAGCUUGCACCAAUUUUGAUAAUCCAUUUGAAUCGAUUUGCUGACACAGACGGUGCUUUAGCAAAAAAAGAUACCCCAGUGAUUUUUCCUAUAACAAAUUUCAACUUAGAAUCAUUUCUUGCUGAUGAUUCCUGUAUUAACAAUACUCUUAAUGAUGCUUCAUACUGCAAUUAUAAUCUUUACGCUCUUUCUUCACAUACUGGAAAUAUGAUUAGUGGACAUUAUACUGCUUUCUGCAAAAACUCAACUUUAAACAAAUGGUACAAAUAUGACGAUCAAACAGUGUCAGAAGUAAAUGAAUUGGCAAUUCGAGCGUUGAGUUCAAGCGCUUAUUUACUAUUUUAUUCUUCACUGCAUUUUGAUUCAUGCACGUAUAUUUAAAUAUUGAAUUACUUAAUUUUACUUCUAAAUCAUUGGACAGUUUAUAAUUAUGCUAUAAAUUGCAUAUUUGCAAUUUUCCUGCAAUUAUGCAAAAAAAAAACUGCAUAAUAAAACAGCUACUUUUGAGCUUGUGAUAAUAUUAAUUUAAUAAUGAUAUAUUCUUAACGCAAUCAAUUUGUUAUUCGUUGGUAAUUUGCCAUAUUCGUUAAUGUAAAUAUGUACAUAUAUAUUAUACAAAUAACUAAUGAUCACAUUCUAUUGAAUAAAGUAUUAUUGAUUAAACGACCAUUAAUUAUGUUUUUUUGGCUUUGAAGAUGAUCAAUCAUUAUAUCGAAAUUUAAAUUUAUAUACAUUUAGCGCCAAAUAGUUGUAGAGGGCAGUUUUUGGCGUCUAUUCAAAAAAAUAUUUCGCCGGUUUCUCCAGUUCUUCAUGAUACUCUGACAAGUUAACAUGGUGUAACAUAGUUAAUUUUUCUUUAUAA